GGGAGUGCGCACCAUUCGUCCCGUAUUUAGCCAUAGGUGUACGAUCACGUGGCAAAUACGUAGGGCAUUAAAUAACUCAAGUGUUGAAACAAAACAUUGAAAAAAGUAUAAAAAGCCCCAGACACCCUAGUGCACCGGAAAACCCCCUAGAAAGCGAAAAAAUAAACUAGGAAAUUCCCCAGAACAGUUUUUCCCAUCUCUGGGAUAUUUAGGAUUUCUGGUAAAUCCUUAAGGUUGUUCAGUCCCUUGUUGAUUUUGAGGUUAAGUGGCCUGUGUUUGGUGUUUUGGUAAUAGAAAAAAAAUAUAAUUUAGAUGUGCGCGUAUCCGUGAUGGAAAAUCCGAGCGGCGGUAGGGACAGUCGGUACACGGCACUUGGAUACAACAUGGGUAUGAUGGGUAGUGAUGCUGGUGAGAUGUACGGACGACCGUCUACAUCGCAGCUGGGUGCCUCCCAGAUUGGCCGCGGUGGCGCCACCAUGAUGAGCCCACCUGGUAAUACAGGGGGUAGUGGUACCGGUGUUGGGGUGCCGAGGGGGCUGAAGAGAUCUUCAUCUGAUGUUUGUUAUGAUGAUAAUGGGAGACAAUUGGGGCAGGGACAAAUGAUGCAGGGGGAUUGUGUGCCGGAUAAUAUUGAGGAGUCGUUUACCAAUUUGGGAGCACCGAAAAAAUCACCACCGAGCAAUGGGAAGAAGACCAAGGGCAGGGUGAAGAUCAAGAUGGAGUAUAUUGAUAAUAAAUUGAGGAGGUAUACCACAUUUUCGAAGAGGAAAACUGGAAUUAUGAAGAAGGCGUACGAGCUGUCAACCCUAACAGGUACCCAAGUGAUGCUGUUGGUAGCCAGUGAAACAGGUCACGUGUACACAUUUGCGACCCGCAAACUUCAGCCAAUGAUAACGAGUGAGGCGGGCAAGGCUCUGAUCCAAACCUGUCUCAACAGUCCAGACCCACCACCGUCCGGUUCUUCGGGUGAUCAACGAAUGUCAGCAACGGGUUUCGAGGAGACUGAGUUGACAUACAACAUCGCCGACGACGAGCAGAAAGAGGAGGGAGCGUCACCGAGGUCCGACAUUUGCGGGAAUGACUCGGAGGGUGACUCGAGCGAUGGGGAAAGCCCGCCUAAAGAUACCAAAAAUCAUACAGGAAUCAUGUACCAGAUGCCCCAGAAUGUCAUGUACUCUCAUACCCCUGGUGUACUCCUGAGUAUCGGACAAAACGGCCAACCAGUACAAAUAUCCCAAGACGGAAAUUCGACUAAUCUUACUCCAGGACAGUCAACCCAGCCCUUCAUCACGAUUCCCCUCAACGUCGCCAUGAGUGCCGCUGGCCUGUCUUUACCAGUAUCAAAGGGUCUGACGACUCAAUGCUCGAUAGGAACUAGUGCCAACUCAGACAUGCCGUCUGACCUCAGUAAAGACAGGAAAUGAUGACUUCUCCGUCAUGUCAGAACGGUUCUAAGAAUAAUUCGAGUCAUCGCGCGUGGAAAAUAAAAGGACAGACAAGCCCAGUGAAUUCGAUAGAAGAUUCUAUUAAUUUUGGACUGAAUCUGUUGAAGAAUUCUGGAGCUCUACUAUUUUUUUUUUUUUAAUAAAACAUGUCCGGCAGGACCUAUUUUAUGGAACAAAUUAGUAGAAUUUAACUACUCUAUACAACUUUCCCCGUAGAAAUUUCUCGACAUGAUUUUUUCAUUUUUUCUCCACUUCAUUGGUAUUAUUUUUUCAUUAAAAAAUAUUAAGCAAAAAAAAUGGGAAAGUUGAGUUGAGGAAUUGGUAUUGAAGAUAUCUUAAUAGAAUAUGUGGGAGAGAAAAAUCAAAUUCUAUUGAUUUUUUCUAUACAAUGUUUUCCGUUGAAUAUUACGCAGAUAAACUGGAAUUUUUUAAUAUUAAGAUUCAAUAGAAAUCGAAUAGAAUUUUCUAGCGAAUUCAAUAGGUAUUCUAUUGGAUUCUAUUCGAGAAUUCCACAGCUCUACUGCGCGUUAUUUCAAUAGAAAGUUUGCAAUAGUAAUUAUUUUAUAGGAAAAAUCAGUAGAAUUUCAUGUUUUUUCCACUCUAUUUUUAUUCUCUUUUCAUUAAAAAAAUUAAACAAAAAAUCGGAAAAGUUAAGUUGAGGAAUUGGUAUUAAAGAUUUCUUAAUAGAAUAAGUGGGGGAGAAAAAUCGAAUUCUAUUGAUUUUGUCUAUAGAA